AUGAAGUGGACAAUCGUAAUCUUUGCCCUGGCGGUCUUCUGCCUAGUCGAAGCCAAGCAGCUUUCCAGAUGUCAACUGGUACGAGAAUUGAGAAAGAAUGGCUUCCUGGAAGACAAAAUGAGAGAUUGGGUUUGCCUGGUGGAGCACGAGAGUGGCCGUCGGACGGACAUCGUCAGCGAGCCAAAAUGCAACGGCUCCCGUGACUAUGGACUGUUCCAGAUCAACGACAAAUAUUGGUGCAGCAACAGCGACACUCCCGGCAAGGACUGUAACGUCACGUGCCAAGAGCUCCUGACAAACGAUAUUUCGAAGGCGGCCGCUUGCGCCCAGAAAAUUUAUCAGAGGUACGGCUUCAAUGCUUGGUACGGCUGGAAGAAACACUGCCGUAGAAAACCCCUACCUGACAUCAGCUCCUGCAAGAGACAAAUCUUCUUACGC